GGGAUCCCAUGCCCCAUGCAGCAAACCUUGAUACAUCGGCUGCAUUAGCUGCUGCAUCGAGCAAGCUUCAAUUUGCAAUGUACUAACUAAUGUAACUACCUGAGGCGAGCGCACAGAUAAUUACCUGUUCUGCUACCUCUCUAGAACCUGAAAUUGUGCUCUGUAUUUGCUGCAAAGCAUUUCCUGACGCAUUUCCGUGGCCAAAAUAUUUCGCUAUGGAAGCGUCGGUGGCGAACAAUGUGGCCAGCUACCGCGAAGACCGUGCUCACUCGACGUCGGAAGACGACUCCGAUGAUGAGGAGACGUCGUGGAAACGACAGGCAACUGACAAGGCCAGGGAUGCCGCGGCUACAGCCGGGUACGAUUUCUCCAAAUGUGCUGCUUUAGCUGGUGUACCGCAACAACAGUCGCUACAGUUCAGGAAGAAAAAGGUAAACAAUGUAUGGGGUGCUGUAAUCAAUGAGCAGCUGCUCAUGGAGGACCUGGGUCAAGUCUCUGUGGAGUCGUCUCAGAUGGUCAACUGGAAGAACGACCGCCACUGUGAGAGCUAUGACUUCACUCGGAAAGACCUUGACACACGGCCAGACCCCAUCGAGCCGGACGAUCUAUUCGAUGAGGACGGUGUCACUGCACACGACGUUGUUGACAUUCAAGACCCCGGACCUCGCGGCCAGAAGCGGUCAGUCAUGGACCGGCUGGGAGAGCGUGCCUGCACCCGGCCCUCGAGGUCACGGAGCCCAAAGAUUCGUGGAGCUGGAAGGGCACGGCGAUCCAAGUCGGACAGCUCCAAGUCAAGCACGUCUGAAGAGGAUGACGAACCAGUAGCUGAAGUAGCCGCAGACAUAGCAGCGCGACUGGAGGAGACCAAUGCAGAGCUCGUGGAGCGGGUUGUACAAGUCCUUGGUGUUGCACGCUCUCGCAAGCUGCUGGGCAUGACGGAAGACAUUGAAGCAACGGGAGGCCUGCUGAUAAGGGACAAGAGUCGGCGGCGGACGCCUGGCGGUGUGUUCUUCUUCCUGGUCAAAGCUAAUACAACAAAACAAGAAGCGAACAUGGUCUUUGGGGAGGAGAUUCGGCAGCGAGAGCGCAUGCGCAAAAAGUAUCGGAGGGAACAGACCCGUAGGAUCAGAGAGGAGCAUGUUGCUCGAGCAGCGGCAGCGACGCCCGUGAGCGAAGAGACCGAGGAGAGUAAAGAUGCUGAGGAGCCUGAACAGCUGGAAGUAACCGAAAAGUUGGAAGAACCCGACAGACCACUGAAAGAACCCGACAGCGGGUGCGUCGAGGUCGUUAUGGCGGCCGUCGACGACGAAGACCUGGAGGAUGGAGAAAUCGUAGACUGAAUGGGGGGAACAAGUUUAAUGGACACAAUAAAA